CUUGCCUCAGCAUUGUACGAGGAAUUACAUGAUCAGACCUGGUAUGAAUCACACGAAUCUGCCUGGACGCACAAAGAAUUGCACGCACUGUGACGAGAGUUCCGCCACCACUACAUGAGGAUGAAGAGCCAGAGGGGGGAAUCUACAUGAUGCCAGAGUCUUCAGAGUUGCAGAACAACCAAAACAGUCCCAUGGCGCCAUCGGUUCGUCUGCCAUCACCAACACGAGCCAUCAUACAGGGCGGUAGCUCUGGGAGAGGCAAUGGGUCAGGAAGUGUUAUUGGUCAGUUGUCAUCAUCGUCUUACUCCAAUGUGGCAGCAGCACAAAGGAGGAACCGCCUCAACUCGGCCAAGUAUUAUGACAUCGCAUCCACCAUUCUUGCAGGAGGACCUGACUUUGAUGAACUGUUUCUGGCUGCGGCUAGGGAUGGGGAGUAUGACAAGAUUGAGCACUUCCUCCAGGGACGAAGUGAUGUCAUCAUCAGCAUCGAUGCCAAGGACAAGCGGACUGGAAAUACACCCCUCAUCUGGGCAGCCAAGAAGGGGCACACAAAGAUCGUACAACUACUGCUGAAGCAUGGCGCCGAUCCAACCCUGCGGAACUAUGAAGGCCAGGUGGCAGUGGAGGUGGCGUCAACUUCCAUCAAGACGAUCAUCCUAGAUUCUGUGGAGAAGACCACAGAGUCGUCACAUCGACUGUUACUCCAGGCUGCAUGGCAGGGAAACAUCAAAAUUGUCCGAAAGUUGCUGCGCGAGAACAAGGUGAAGGAUGUCAACUGCCAGAAUGCUGAGGGGUUAACUCCGCUGUUGCUGGCAACACGAGACAGCCAGUUGUUCGAGCGGUUGUCACUGCAGCUGAAUCGGUCAUACAGUCCAGUAGAAGUCAUACAGGAGUUACUGGCAUACAGAGCCGACAUCCAUGCCAGCGACAGUGAUGAGAAGACAUGUCUUCAUUACGCCUCACAUUCCCGGGCCACCCUAGCGCAGUCCCUCGUGGAUGUGCUCAUCAGGGAGGGGUCAGAACUAGUUGCGGAAGACAAGCGUCACUUUAUGCCGAUCCACUGGGCUUCGCACUCUGGGAACACGAACGUAGUGGUGGCGCUGCUGGAUGGGGGGUCAGAGGUCAACUCCAGAGGGUUUGCUGGUCUCACUCCUCUGCACAUCACGGCCCACAAUGACCACAACAAGACAGCGGUGGCGUUGUUGGAGCGAGGUGCAGAUGUGACCGUCACUGAUGACCGUGGACUGACCGCUGUAGAUCUGGCCAAGACGAGGAAGAUGAAGACAACUCUGAAGGAGGCCUGGGCGGAGCAGACGCACAAGAAACAGACGACCACACUGGCACCUGUCCGCGCCCCGAGUCGUGACGAAUCUCGUAUGGAGGAUAGUGGGAAGAGAAGAAAGGGAGAAGUUAUUUUUGAUGGUCUGAUAACAUCGCCUCUACCAUCCAAGGCUGGCCCUGUGUCAAGGCCAACACUUAGUCGAUCUCUGAGCAAUGCUGACAAGGCGAGGAUAGCAGAACAACAGAUGAUGAAGGAGAUUGAUUCUGGCAGGUUCACACCAACACCAACACCAACACCAAAAGAAAAUGUUAGAAGACUUGGGACUUUAAGAGGAAGUGCCAAAACAUCAACUCUGCCCAAGGUAGGGACCGGGUCAUCAGGUCCCCACUCCAGCCCUGACCGUGUGUCCCCACUGUCCCCGACCGGGAGGAAGAGCUCCCUAGAGGAUGUAGAUGUCAGGAGAUCUCUGGAGGAUCUCCGGCCUGGGGGUGUCAGGAGGUCCAAGUCUCUCAAGCUGGGAAAUAUAAGUGAGAGGAAACGAAUCACUCCGACGUCAACAAGUGAUGUGACACAGGAGGAGUUUUGUGUACUGAACAACAGGGUGUCUCAGUACAUAAUCAUCAUGAGAUGCUCCAGAAGGUCACUGUCAAACAGUGAAGAGUAUGACCUUGAUGAACAAAUGAGGAUGACCCCAUUACGGACUCCGCUUGAGAGGGAGAUGACCAAUCUAAACAUCCCCACAACCAUUCCUGAAGUCCUCACACCUCGUACCACCACCAGUGCUGUUUUUGUCGACAUAGCACAGCUGAUCAGCCUUUAUCCCAACUCCUCCAAUGUGCUGCCACCCACACCGACCUUCAUCACCCAGAAGUCCUACAGCAUCCUAGAUGCCAAACUUGUCCACAAUACAAAGGAAGGGGACUCAUCCAAGGAAUGUUCUCCAAGGUCAGAUGAAGAUCUGCCCAGGAUCCCAAACGAGCAGGUGCGUCUGGCUCUCAGCAACCCCUAUGAGCUGUUGCGAAGUCGCUCACUGCUGAAGGAGGAGUUUGUCAUCGAUGAGAGUCGGCCCAAGGACCCCCUCCUCCACUCAUCAGGGAGUGACCCCACGUCCAGUGCCAGCAGCCUGUCCUCUUCCCCAAGGGAUAACAGUGUCAACAUCCUCAUCCUCAACAAAACAGGGAAAAGUGUCAAGGAGUAUCAUUCCCCAUUGUCUAAAGUUGGUCGCUACAGUAUCAGUGGUCCUAACAAUAAUGUAGGAGAACGAUUCCGGAAUAAAGUCACUCGGAGUAGGAGCUUAUCAAACACGCCCAGUAGAUCAAAAUCAGAUGAGAGAUUGUCUGAAAUGCAGAAAGUGGGCGUAUCGGGAAAUGUUUUGAAAAAGCCAGUUUAUAAGCAGCAAAGUUUGGAUUCUGCGGUGCAAUCCAAAAAUAGAAACACUGGUUCAAAUAAGAACAAUUCCAAGACAGGGGUGGAUCAUAAUAUGAAUAAAUGUGUUGUGCCAGAUAAUGAAAAUGCUGAUGUCCCGAAAGAAUGUGAUAAUUCUGUCAAAGCUUCUUCUGUAAGUGGUGGAUGUGAUAAAACUUGUGCAGUGACAGAUUCAAAUCUGAAGUCAAAUCAGCCAAAUACCAUGAACAGUGCCAGUACAAGACAGCCAAAUACAAAACAGGGUAGCAAUCAAAGAGUGAGUAGCUCUUGUGGUAUUUCAAAGAAAGCUCAAAGUACUUCUUCAGCUAGGUCAUCUACAGGAGAUCAGAAUGUACCGAAGAUUGUUAGAAAUGCUAAGACACCUCAAGGCAGUAGUGUCAACCAAAAAGCAUCUCCACUGCGCUCCAGCACUGGGUCCACAUCAUCCAAAGCAGCAAGCGUUGGAGUAAUAAGUUCAGCAGCAGACUGCAAAAACUGUUCAAUUAACCCUCCUCCCAGUUCACAUGACACAAAUGCAGUGACAGUAACUGUUAAUUCCGUAUCAGAAAAUCUUCCCAAGGAUGUAUUAUCAGUUUCAAAAACCUCUUCUACUAAAGAAAUAAAUUCAACAUCAACAUCCACCAAACCUGCAGUAAGCAACCGUGUGCAAACUACAUCAAAUCCUUCCUGUUCUGUCUCAUCACCAAACCAACUCAAGUCUGACUCGAGUUCUCAGGGUGCUGCCAAGGUGCUUACACCAAAACCUGUGCCAAAGUUGGAAAGGCAAGGUCCUAAGCCUCAUAUAUAUGAACCUGGCUGUAUGGGGUCAGCUGUUGUAAUGCAAACACCAGUCAUAGUGAAUCCAUUUGAGAACUGGGUACAACCUGAGAUUGUUAUUACAUCACGGACAUUAGGUGAUGACCAUAACAAUUUCGGGUUUGCAAAAGGAGGAAUUUCUGAUGGUUUUGUCAUUGGAAAAUCCUCUAAAGAUGCUACAUGUAAGCUUAAGAAAAACAGGAAUGUGAAAAGUGCUAAGAAAACUAAGGACACUAAAAGACCAGUUUCGGGUGGUCAAAGACAAAGUUCUGGUCGUCGAAGAGGUGCAAAGAGUCAAGAUUCUAAAACCAGUGAGCAGUCAGAAAACGGACGUGUUAAAAGUGGCAAAUCUAGCAAAAGGGUGAAGUCUGGUCGAAAACGUAAAAAGGAUUUGGAAACUGAAGCAUUGAAAUCCAAUGCAGCAAAAGCGGAUGUAGCUCUUAUAUCUGGCAUUGGAUGGCAUGUUGCAGCAGGUUGCAAUGACACAUCUGAUGUGAAAGUUGCAGCUAAUCUGUUUUGUUCUGACUCAGAGGAUUCUGACAUUGAAGUUAUCAACCCUGAAGAAAACUGCUUUAAACUUCUAACUGCCAGAACUGAGGGUGCAGUGAGCCCUGGCACACCAAGGUUCCAGGAAAUAAAACCAGCAGCGGAAGUCAGAAUUCCUCUUCCUGUGAUGAGUCAUGAUGGCUUUCCUCCAAUGAAUCUUGACAUGACCCAAGAAGUGUUUCCUGCACCUGUGACCAAUCCGACAUCUUUUGCAGCCAACAGUGCUGAAGAAGAAGCUGGGAAUUACACAAAUGAAUUUGAUGACAUAACAAAUGCUCUCCACAAGGAGAUAAUGUUGGGUAAAUUGACUCCAAUACCUGAAUCUCCUUCUGUGUCACAUAGUGUUCAGGCAGCUAUCAAUAGGUUUGAUCAGACUGUGAAGGAGGACCAGUUGAAUAAGAUGCUGGGCAUCACAGCUGGUGAGUCACUGUCCAGUCAACAAGCUGAAGCUUUGAGACAAGCAAAGAAUGAUUCCUGUACUUCAGCAGAUUCAAGAAUCCGGAGAUCAGGAUCUUUGAGAAAAGAGGUUUUGACACAUGAGUCAACUAAAGCCAGAGUUAAGGCUGCAGGUAAAACAGAAAGCCCUGGGUCAGCUUCUAAGAAAACUGUUCCAGGAAAGACAGUGGUGAAGAGCAAAGCAAGUAGUUCUGGCAUCAAAGGAGGCACUUCAAAUGGGAAAGUCAGCAAAGAAAACCUAAACCUGAACCUUCACAAGGAGGAACCUCAGAAGUCUGCAUCUCCGAAGAAAGAUGAAACCAUGGAAAUUGUGGUGAAGGAUAAUGAUGAUCAUGGCAAAGAUGUUAGACGAGAAAGAAAGUUUUCUGAGUCUAAGAAGGAAGAUGAAGCGAUAGAUGAGGCUAUCGAAGAAAUUCUGAACGCCACAGGAAACUCGCUAUCAUCGACUCUAAGGUCGAACAACAAUAAUAGAUCUUUAAAUAGUACGCUGACUGAAGCAGACACAAAUGUUCUCAGGAGACUUCAGAAUAAUGAGUCGAUGUUCCAUGCCAAAACUGCUGAUAAGGAUGAUGUGAGACAUUCUGACAGCUAUGCACAGGACACUAACCCUAACCUACUCAAAGUAUUCCAUGCAGAAAAUUUCAACCUUGGGUCAAAGGUCAAGGCCAUGAUAGAUGCUGGUGCUGAACCUUCAAAGGUCAAGGCCAUGAUAGAUGCUGAUGAAGAGGCAAAGCAGCUUGCCAAGGUCAUGAACUCUUUCAGACAUAUGGAGCUCCAUGCAGGAGGUGCUGGAGGGUCUGUACGCUUGUCAAAGGACACACCCAGAAAACACAACUCUGUGCCUAGACCUGAAGGCAGCUCUGAUGGUCCAAGCAUGACUCAUAAGCCUCCUUCAGGGCGACCUUCAUCAGCAGGAGGUCUUCGUAAAGGGAGGUUUCAUGAGAUGAAGGCUAGCACAUCAAGAAUGCAAGGAAACCAGCCGUCUGUUGAGCAGCACGAUGAGCCAUCCAUAGUCCAACAGGAGAUUGAAGUUCUGGAGAAGUUGUCUGAAGCAGUAGCUGCUGAAGUUCCUGAUCCUAAUCUUGCCAACACAUCAGAUGGAGAGACCCUGUGCAGUCGACUGAGUGGCCGCAGAGGAAGCAAAACAGGCAGUACUUGCACGGAAGACAGUAUUGGGUCCAGUAUUGAGGAGACAAUUCAGUGGAAGAAAGGAAAUGUUCUUGGCAAAGGAGCUUUCGGAACAGUGUGGUGUGGUCUGACCAACGAAGGAGAACUGAUUGCUGUGAAGCAGAUUGACCUCAACACGACAGACAUGGACAAGGCUCACAGAGAGUACGAGAAGGUGCAGGAGGAGGUGGAGCUCCUCAAGAACCUCCGACACAAGAACAUCGUGGGCUACAUGGGCACAAGCUUUGAGGACUACACAGUCAGCAUCUUCAUGCAGUUUGUACCAGGUGGAUCUAUUGCCAGCAUCCUGGCUCGGUUCGGAGCCUUGGAUGAGUCAGUGUUCCGACGCUACACUCGACAGAUCCUAGAGGGUGUGGAAUACCUUCAUGACAAUGAUGUCAUACACAGAGACAUCAAAGGAGGCAAUGUGAUGUUGAUGCCCAAUGGGGACAUCAAACUGAUUGACUUCGGCUGUGCCAAGAGAUUAUGCAUCAACCUAAGCAUGAGCCAGAGCCAGAUCCUCAAAUCCAUGAAGGGCACUCCUUACUGGAUGGCGCCAGAAGUGGUCAACGAGACUGGUCAUGGCAAGAAGUCGGAUAUAUGGAGUGUAGGAUGCACUGUGUUUGAGAUGGCCACAAGGAAACCACCUUGGUCGGACAUGAACCCUAUGGCUGCCAUAUUUGCUAUUGGAUCGGACAGGCCGGUUCCUACUUUACCAGAGGACAGGUUCUCACCUGAGGCCAGAGAGUUUGUCAUGAAGUGCCUCACAAGAGAUCAGAACAUUCGUUCAUCAGCGACAGAGUUGCUUCAGGAUGUUUUCAUUCUGAAGAAAUCUUCCAAGAAAUGACCACAGAUCUGAAUGUCUGAUUGAGUUGUGUGUUCUCAUUGUCUUCUGGUGUGCGACAUGUACUGCAAAUAGACAUAAAAUGUGACUUGUUUACGCCAACAUUGUCAAUCCCAAUAAUGUCAUUGACAUUAUCUGGUACAUGUAAUAGAAUAUUACAAAAAGAAAUGUUAGCUUGUUUGAAAGUUGUCUUUAGCAAGGUGCUGAUUGCUUCGAGAGAGCAGAAGCGUGUCAAUGUAUUUCCCUUCUGUCAAGGUCUGUUUCAUUCAGACUGACACAACAUUUUUACUGUUAAAUACAUACAUACACCAUAUUUUCUGAGGAAUAACACUUUGUAUAUUUAGUAUAUGCUUUAUUUCCCUAAGUAUUAAAUCAACCUUAGAGGUUUCCAUGUGCAAAAAUGUUACCAUACUUUUAAUUUGUAUAAGAUUGAUUUAUACAUUAAUACAUUAAUUUCAAAUAUAUAGGAAGUUCUUUUCCUUGAUGCUUGAGUGGCAUUAGUGUGUAUACUAUAUGUAAAAUGGAUUCAUGUUUAAAUUAUUUCAGCCAUUGUUUAACCCAAUACCAAGAAGCAUUUGCCAGUUGAUUGGAGGUUGCUGUCCAUCAAAGUGUGAUGAAAGAAAGCCUCACAUAUCUAUGUUAAAGGUUUGAUAUAUAAAUAUGUAAAUAGGUUGUACAGUCUGUAUUAAACUGAACAUCAUGGCAUUUGAAUAUUUUGCUGAUAAUAUUUAUGUGGGAGUGUACCUGAUGCUUUCCAUUGUACAUAGUGUACAAGGUAUAAUGUGUAUAGGUCAUUAAUUCAAUCAAUUUUUAGAUUUUUAGAUUUACAUAUCCGUAACAAUUGUAUCAUGUUAUAUUAUUUAAUUGAUUGACAAGGAAUUAUCAGAUGGGCAAUAUAUUAACACAGAAUAUAUGUUUUACAGCAUUAUUUUCAAUGUAGGUAAUAUCACACUUGUUUGGUAACCAAAGCAGUAUUGUUUUUAAAAUAUAACAUUAUAAUUUUGUAAAACCUAUCACUUUACAACUGUUUUAAAUAAGCUUAGCUCUUGUUCUAUCAAUCCUCUGCGUUCAGGGUCUGACGGCCAAAUGUUUGUACACCUUUUGAAGUGAGAAGUUGAAAAUCUCUGUACGUUGGUUUGAAUCGAGUGGAAUCGAGACUAUGUAAUAUUUAAAACAUGAAAUUUCUCUAAAGACUGCAAGAAUGGCAUGGUCGGUUUGUUGAUGUAAUCUGUUACUAAAUGGUAUACACAUGUGUAAUGUUUUGUUUUAUAUUAAACCAAAAAAUUAGGAAUCCUGAAUAUUUGAGAGGACAUUUCUAUGAAAUUGUGUGAUGAUCAUAAAAAACAGAACCCAACCCCUAAACAUUCAUGAUUUCAUCUUCUUUAGUUCAGAAUACAUGUGAUUUGAAGAUAAACCCUACCUUUUGUAUACUUAUAUAUUUGUACACACAAUAUGAAUGAAAGUGCUCUUCAGUACAGACAUUUUAAUUUAAACAAGAUUAUAACUAUGCACAGUGGUGAUUUGAAAUAAGGAUAUUGUUUUUUAUACAAGUCUGCUUAUGCUCCCCUUUUCAUCUCCUCCAAUUUCUGCGUUUAGCAGAAACUGGUCCAACAGAUGAACUGUAUUGUAGUUGUAGUGAUGUAGCUGCUGAUGGUGUCUCUGUGUGGUCAUCUGCUGAUGUAGGGUACCACCCAACAUGUUUAGAUUAUGGUAGUCUUCCAGUUUGUUACUUUAUACAGCUGGGGGAGCUGAAACCGUCAGUUUGUAGCAUGUCUUGUGUAAUUUAGAAUGCAAUAUGUUUUAGUUUAGAGCUAUAAGUACGCUUUUGUAUAAUGGUUGUACACAAUAACUGGAAAAUUACCUUUUGGAUUAUAAUUUCAUAAAUUUAAAAAGGUUAGGCCAAUCCCACAAAUUGACAAGUGUUUUGUUGUUGAUAUUAGACUGGACACAGCUUGUGUGACAAUAGUGUGGUGAAAGCUGGCUCUGAUUUUGUAUUGUUACCUCAGUUUUUCUGAAAUGAUUAAAUGAACAAUCAGCAAAGGUAACAUUGUUGACAUGCUUGUUUUAUUUAUAACACUUUAGUAAGUUUCUGUGUUUGUGAAGGAAUAUGUGUAAACGAAGAGCACACAUUCAACACAACCAUUUUUACUUUUGUCUCCAUAAAUGACAAGUGUGAUAAAGUCUUUUCAUAAACAUAUGAUGAAUAUUAUGGCUCUAUUCUUCCCACUUGAUUAAUAACAGACCAUUAUAUUAUUAUUCCAUUUUAAGAUAAAUAAUUGUAUUCGAAAGUGUGAAAUGCAUUUUGAAGUUUAAGCUUUUGUAUUUUUGUAUCACAAAUGCAGUAUGUCUUGUAAGAUUUGGAUAUUUUCUGAGUUGAAAGUCCAGUUGUAUUCAACCGUUAUACAGAGUCGUGGGAAAGGCUGAUCUCUGUACCCAUCCAUUGCAAUUUCUACACUAAAAACAAUAGAGAAACUUUGUCUGAAAUGCGACAGAAGAGAAUUCUUUAUUGUUCUUCUUUUCAUGUUGUAUAAGAUGAACUGACAGAUUAAGUUUUGUAAUAUGUGUAUUUGUUUCAGCCACCUGUCAGCAGUUUGCAUGUACUCUUGUGAAGUUUUUGGGAUUCAGACUGUAGUCCAUAACUGUAUAAAGUUUAAACUUUAUAAUUGACAUUGUACCUCACCAGUUGCAAUUUCUUCUGAAAAUUUAUGCAAUAAUCUCCUGAUAUUAUAUUAUGCAUAAUAAUACUGAAUUGACAUCUAUACUCUUCAAAAGUUCAUACCUAUUUUGAUAUCUGUGAUUGUAGAAAAUAUUUUAUUUUAUAAAGUAAGUAUCUCAAUGUCUGUAAAAUAUAAACAUGUUUUCAGUAUUAUGCUUGUAUCACAGCCACUUCUUCCCAUUGCAACAGGGGUCAAAUUAGGAACCCGAUUAAUAUCAUCCCCUUGCCCCCCCAUGAAAAAUUAACUCACAGAAAACAACCCCAAAAUGUUCCAGAAAUUGUUGAAAUCAGUUAUGGCAAUUAUGCGCUGAUCUGCGGAUUUCUGCUGAUAAUGGUUCAAAUUAUGCCCCCCUGAACCCCCCAUUUGAUGACACAAUAUUAAGUUUUCAGCUGAAAAUGGAUGUUCCUGUUGCCACCCCUGUUAAAUGUUUGGAAUCCUAUGAGAAAAGAGACAUUGUUGGAUGGAUGGAAGGAGGUUUUGGUAAAGAAAGUUAUGUGAACCUACCAUGCAAAUCUUUGUCCUAAAAGGAUCAGAGAAAGAAGUGGGUGCAAUUUUCUAUUAGUUUGUGGACAGAGCAGUCAGGGUUUCUUUUGAAAUAUGAGGAAAGGACAGAUCAGGGGUUUGUGUACUGCUCGGGUAAUGUAUUGGAAAAUGCCUGGUUAUUACAAAUUAGAAUUGUCCAAAUAUCCCAAGGAAACAUGACCCAGCAUGCAGCUAUGAUAUGAGACUCACACACACAGUCCUGCUCAUUGUCCUCCUGAUGCUUAAGAUGGGAUGUUAAUCAGCAGCAUGUACUGGCCUAAGGUUAGAACCAGUAAUUGAUUUGUCGUGGACAAAAGACAGCGUUGAAUGUGGAGGUAUGUGGGUCAGACUGUACAUUUCAAUGAAGUUUUUAAGAACAUAUUUGUGGAAUAUUUUGCUACCCUGAUACUUCAUGCCAUGAAAAUGUAUCUAUGGUAGCCAUGGUAACGAUGUCCUCAUAUCAGAUUUGAUUACAUGUGAGGGUCUGUGACUGGAAGAGUCUGGCCCUGUGAUAAAUGGCUGAUUAUUAAUGAUCUGUAUUAUUUGUACAUACAGUUUGUAGAGUGUUCUGAAGCAAUGGUACUAGAGUAUGCUUUAUUGUGAUAAUGGUAUUAGUUAUGAAUGUAACUUUUACAUUGCUCCACAUUUUAUUCAGCAUUGUCAGCUCUAAGCAUUGUGUGUAGAUAAACAUGUAUAUACCUGUACAUCCAAAACUAUUUAUUGGAUGAGCUGUGUUCUUACUGAACAUCAUCAUAGCAUUAAUUUUAUAAAGAAAUAAAACAUAUAAAUCAUG